AUGGGCGGGGUUGUUGCCACGCUGCGUAACCCAAAGGGCCAAGAAAGCAAACCAGGAACAAAUGAAUUGUUCGCUGCGGUCGCGGCAACCCGGGGUCAGACUCUGCUGCUCCCUGGCGGCGCGUUGACUAUUCCAGCAGCGCAUGGGAACUUCCAAGUGGGGGAUGUUGCUGUGGGCUGCUGCCUUCAGACUUGUGCUGUGGUUCUGGGAGUUGGCGAUGGGGAAGAAGCUGGAGGCUUGGUUUUGGGAUCUGAAAAGCUCUUCAAUAAAGUGGCAGAUGAGAGAAGAGUUAGGAAGAGUGGGCACUCAGUUGACAUGUGCAAGAAGGCCUUUGCAUUUCCACAGUCAGAUAAUUCCUACGUAUCUCUGACACCACUUUCAAAGGAGCCACUCAAAGCCUUUACCGUGUGCCUCUACACCUACACUGAACUGUUCAGGAUUCGUUCAUAGAAUCUUUUCUCCUAUGCUAUCAAGAAACAAAAUAAUGACAUCCUUCUAUUUUGGACCAAGGACAUAGGAUAUAGUUUUUUUGUGGGUGGGUCUGAAAUACCAUUUGUGGUUUCCGAGGUGACUUAAGCUCCAAAUCCCACUCACUUACAUGUGAGCUGGGAAUCCUCCUCAGACAUUGCGGAGCUCUGGGAUGGGUCUUCCAGGGUGAGGAAGGGUCUGAAGAAGGGCUACUCUCCGGGGACAGAGGCAAGUAUCGUCCUGGGGCAGGUGCAAGAUUCGUUUGGUGGAGGCUUUGAGGGAAGUCAGUCUUUGGUGGGAGACAUUGGAAAUGUGGACAUGUGGGAUUUUGUGCUUUCUUCCAGUGAUAUUAAUACCAUUUACAGUGGUGGGACAUUCAGUUCCAGCCUCCUGAAUUGGCGGACACUUACGUAUUGAGCAUGUGGUGAAGUGUAUACCAGGUCUCAGCUGUGGGCCUGA